AUGACUCUGGAUAACUUGCAAUUGUCUCACGAUGUCAAAGUGUUUGACAUUUUGGAGCUGCAAGGUAAAGGGCAGAUCUACAGUAACCCUUGGAUGAAUUGCACUAGCAUGGGGGAAUACUCAGAUGUCUUGUCAGCUCAUGACCAGUGGAAGGAUGGGAGACAAUUGAAGAUGCUAGAGCACAUGGAAUGUGUCUGGUCGGGAGGCAUCGUGUUUGCCCAGAUGUCAGGUCAACCGGAAACUGACAUAUUGGAUAUGGGAUUCCCUCCUCGAUCAAACAUUGACCGGUUAUCAACUCCCUCAUCCAUAUCAGUAUUGGACAUGGGAUUUCAACCAGCUGGUGAGUUAGAUCCCCACCAUGCACCUGACACCAUGAACGGCUCUUCAAACACGGCAGUCGUUUGUCCGGCCAGUACCUCAGGGAUUGAUAUGUCCAUUGAAAACAACCCUCUCGACAUGGGUUUCGGUUCACUUCUGGCAGAAGAUGAGAAGAUCCGGUUCAUGAUGUUCCGGCUGGGUCAUAUCCAGCAUCCUGUCACUCAUUGGACAUUGAACCGGAUGAUCGCCCUUUGGAUAUGGGAUUCGACACACUUUAACCAGAUGAGCAUCCUUUGGAUAUGGGAUUCAACACACUCCAACCGGACGAUCGCCCCUUGGAUCCAGGAUUCAAUGAACUCCAACCGGAUGGGCACCCUUUGGAUAUGGGAUUCAGUGCACUCCAUCCGGUACAUCCGGAUCAUGGAUAUUGAACGUGAUCAGAAGCCUCUGGACAUGGGCUUUGGGACAGCUCUGGCAUCUGAUGUCAUGGACCACCCAUCGCAUAGUAAGGAAGACAUGCCUUUGGACAUUACAAUCGCCACACCGGAUCCGGUACAUGGUCUUCCGGAUCCGUCAUUUGCCGAUGGUGAACCAGAAUCCAUUGGAUUUGUGAUUCAGCGUACUGUAGGUGAUUUACGUUUGGCGAUACACUGGUUGGAGAUGGACAGGGCCCACAGUACAAUGGCACCAGAAGAAGCAUCUGUCAGCUAA